AUGUCUCCAGUCGCCGUGAAAUUCCCUACCGAGGAGCAUGCACCAGAUGUCGUCGUAGAGGGAAAAGUCGUUCCCUCGACGGCCGUUGGAGCCUUCCCUAGGCCCCCCACGUUUUCGUCGAAGCUGGACGAGCGCAAGUGGCUCAAGUUCAGGCUGGCGCAGGCAUUCAGAAUCUUUGCAAAACAGGGAUAUGAUGAAGGCAUCGCGGGCCACAUCACUGUCCGGGACCCCAUUCGGACCGACUGCUUCUGGGUCAACCCCUUCGGCCUCCACUUCGCGCUCAUCCAAUCGAGUGACCUCAUCCUCGUCGACCACCAUGGUGCCGUACAGCCCGCCGAGUCUGGGCCCAACACUCUCCUCAACCGCGCAGCCUUCAUGAUCCAUUCUGCUAUCCAUGCGGCGCGUCCUGACGUUCUCUGCGCGGCGCACUCGCAUUCGAUCCACGGCCGCGCGUUCGCGGCGCUUGGGAAGGAGUUGGACAUGAUCACUCAGGACAGCUGCGUGUUCUAUAAGGAUCACGCCGUGUACAAGCAGUUUGGUGGUGUGGUCCUGGACGAGGAGGAGGGCCAACGGAUCGUUCAGACUCUGGGGGCAAAGAAGGCUGUGAUCUUGCAGAACCACGGGCUGCUUGUCGCCACGAGCUCUAUUGAGGCUACAGUCAACUUCUUCAUCUCGAUGGAAAAGUCUUGCCACGUGCAGCUCAUGGCAGAAGCUGCAGCGGUUGGCAUGGGAGGGAAGACGAUCAAGAUUGGAGAAGAAGAAGCCGCAAUUACAUACGCGACUGUAGGCAGCAUGAACGCGGGCUGGUUUGGUGGUCGCCCAUACUUCCAAGUACUGGAGGCUCAAGAGGGUGUCACUUAUAACCCCUCGAGCUCCAAGUAG